AUGGCCACAAGCAGCGUCCAACAGCCCAAAUGGACGGCUCCCGUCCGCUCAGCCCAGCAGAGCAAGCUGCCCGAAUUGUCCAUUUACAACUCCCUCACCCGCUCCAAAACGCCCUUCGUUCCACGGGAAGGCAAAAAGGUCGGCUGGUAUGCCUGCGGUCCAACCGUCUACGACGAUGCGCAUCUUGGCCAUGCACGAAACUACGUCUCCCAGGACAUCAUCCGCCGCAUCAUGACAGAUCACUUCAAAUUUGAUGUCAACUUUGUCAUGAACAUCACGGAUGUGGACGACAAGAUCAUCCUGGCAGCACGGCAGCAGCAUCUUUUGGCGCAAUUUCUGGAGAAACACACCGAGGCGGAUGAAGAGGUGCGGAAAACCACAAGGGAUGCCUUUGCUGCGUACCUACAGAAGAAUUUGGCAUUGCUAGGGGAGGAUACCACACCAGAGUCAUACGUUGAGGCGUCUCAAAAAGCAUAUGGACAUGUUCUAGCAGGGAAGAGCGUGGCCAAMGACGGCACUCCACCAGGCGACAAGGAAGCCAAGAUCAAGAUGCACCUCAAAACCGCCUCGUCCGCUGCAGAGGCGCUGCUUUUGACCGAGAAUGAUCUUCAACCCUUUGCGGCCAAGGCAUCCGGUGUGCUGCUCCCACACAUCGACUCCCUAUAUUCUGCGACAGUCCAAGGCGACGAUCAUGCCAUCUUCACCAAACUCACAAAGGAGUAUGAACAGCGCUUCUUCAAGGACAUGAAGGACCUGAACGUCCUCUAUCCUGACAAGUUGACACGAGUGACGGAGUACGGACCUCAGAUUGUCAGCUUCGUCAAGCAGAUUCAAGACAACAAGUUUGCAUACGAGAAUGAAGGCUCCGUUUACUACGAUACCACUGCAUGGGAGAGCUCGGGAGGUCACUACGCGAGAUUGGAGCCGUGGAAUCGAAACGACAAAGAUCUGCAAGCCGAUGGAGAGGGAUCCCUCUCAGCCAAGAAGACCACAUUCAAAAAGUCAAGCGCUGACUUCGCGUUGUGGAAAGCGUCAAAGCCUGGUGAGCCGAGCUGGGAUUCACCAUGGGGUCCAGGCCGACCAGGAUGGMAUAUCGAGUGCAGUGCAAUGGCAAGUGACGUCCUUGGCAAGCAGUUCGACAUACAUUCCGGUGGUAUAGAUCUGGCAUUUCCACACCACGACAACGAACUCGCACAAUCAGAAGCAUAUUGGCAUGACUGUGGUGCGAAGAGCGAACAAUGGGUGAAUUACUUCCUCCACAUGGGACAUCUCAGCAUUCAAGGAAGCAAGAUGAGCAAAAGCUUGAAGAACUUUACAACAAUCAAAGAGGCGCUGGCCAAAGGCGAUUGGACGCCACGAUCAUUACGGAUCGUCUUCCUGCUUGGUGCAUGGAAGGAAGGUCUGGAAAUUACACCCGACCUUGUCAAGGCUAGUGUGUCUUGGGAGGAGAGGGUGAACAACUUCUUCAUCAAGGUUCGCGAUCUCCAAUUACACCCCUCUGGUGUGGAAUCCAACGGAGACAGUAGUUCUGGGACAGAACUCGAUCAAUUGUUGGAGUCAUCAAAGGUGAAGUUCGACGAUGCGCUGCGCGAUUCUUUCGACACCCCAGGCGCCAUGCGAGUGAUCACCGAUCUCAUUACAUCUUACAACUCCGCUACAUCAGUAUCGGAUUCAACCUCCAUCGCCAUUGGGGAGUGGGUUACCAAAGUCCUGGUAAUGUUUGGUCUGGACGCAGAAUAUCGGAAAGAUCAAAUGGGUUGGUCAGGUGUUGACAUACCAGAGCGUGCGAAACCUUUCAUCUACCCGCUGUCGGAGUUGAGAGACAAGGUUCGAGAGCAGGCUAUCCAAGGGAAGAUUGACCUUCUCCCCCUUGGCAGAAUGGAUGAAAAGGACAACUUCUACAACGAGAACCAACCCUACGCCGGCGCAUAUGCGGACUUCCAACGCAAAAUCGUAGACCUCCACAAUAAGGAAGCACCCACGAAAGACUACCUCACAGCCUGUGACUACCUGCGAGAUACCGUCCUAUGGAAUCUCGAAAUCUACCUCGAGGAUCGCGAAAAGCGACAUGCAUUGGUGCGACCUCUUUCAGCAAGUUUGAAGCAGGRGCGCCAGGAUCGAGAAGCUAUUGCUGCUUCCAAGGCGGCUGCCAAAGCCAAGGCCAAGGAAGAUGCUGAGGCUGCGGAGAAGGCCAAGCUGGAAAAGGGAAAGCUCUCACAUUUGGAAAUGUUCCGGACGAGUGAGUACAGUGAGUGGGAUGAGGAGGGGUUGCCGGUGAAGGAUGCGGAAGGGAAGGAGGUCGCGAAGAGUAAGGGGAAGAAGUUGAGGAAGGAUUGGGAGAGGCAAAAGAAAAUUCAUGAGGCUUGGGUUGCUUCGCAGGGUUGA